GUGAAGCUCACCGAGCAGGACGUGACCUCAAACAUCAGGGCAUAUCUGAUCACCCAUGGCGGUCAAACGCGUCUCUCGAACGUCGGCGGGAAGUUCAAUGUCCGCAAGGAGUGGCUGACAGAGAACUUCAUCGUCGAGGACAAUCGGGUCUUCGUGUCGGCGGCUGCAAAGGACGAGUGGGACCAGAAGCGGCGAGUGGCUGGCGGAGAUAAGGUCUUCCACCAGCGGAGGAUUGGUUUGGAAUCGGAGAAGAACAACAGGGUUACGACGCGCAACAUGCGCAUCAGGGACAUCUACGUGCCGCCGACGAAAUGGGGCAAGCCUGGGAGCAAGAUCCCGAGAUUCAAGGACAUCAAGAAAGCCAGAGUCAAGCCGGCGUCGGGCUACGAGCACGCGAGCCUCGGCCUCCCCACGUUCCAGGGCGGCAGGGGCAAGAAGUGA